AUGUGUCAAAUGCCAUAUGAACAAAAUCUGGGUAAUCUAGGUGCCAAGGUCAAAGCAGAGACAACUGGUGUCUUAGCUGAGAUGUAUGGAAUAUUGGAGUUGUCCACUCACACAGUUUUCAAUCUGCAGCAUGAAUCAAAGAGUCAGCUGAAUCACAAGGCACUUCUCCUUCUCAAUGUAGCACAUGCACAAUGCAAAGUCUUUCAUGUGGAACAAGCUCUGGUGACAUGCAUUGCCCAUGAAUAUGAAUUGAUGGCCAAGUUGUACAAGUACAAGGUAGGCAGCAGCAAGGCAAGAGUCCACUGA